UUGAGACACAUCCAUUAAAGGGUAUGUUUUUAUUUUAUUUUAUUUUAUUUUCACUUGUCCUUCAUUUAAGUGACAUAAUUCCUAUUCACUAAGGAAUUUUUGUAAUCUCAAUUAGAGAAAUAUAAAUAUAUCCUUAAUGAAAGGGAGGCAGAAGCUUAGGAAGCAUAUAUAAACAUUCUUGGGAGGCACAUAAAUUUCCUUGGACUAAACAAAUUUAUUGUAAGUGCAACAACUUGAAACUUCUCAACAUCUUUUUUUUGAGUGAGAAGUUGAAAUUGGAGAUGGGGGAAAGAAAUAUUGAGAUGGAGAAUAAGAUUGAAGAUGAGAUGAUGCCAGGUUUCAGAUUUCACCCAACAGAUGAAGAGAUUGUUGGUUUUUAUCUAAAAAGAAAAAUUCAGCAAAAAUCUCUUCCUAUUGAAUUGAUCAAGCAAGUUGAUAUCUAUAAGUAUGAGCCAUGGGACCUUCCAAGUAAGAACUGGCCCAACAGAGUGACAAGAUGUGGGUUUUGGAAGGCCACUGGAACGGACAGGCCCAUUUACUCAUCUGAGGCCCAAUCCAUUAUUGGUUUGAAGAAAUCACUUGUUUUCUACAGAGGCAGAGCUGCUAAGGGUUUCAAAACUGAUUGGAUGAUGCAUGAGUUUAGGCUCCCUUCUCUUUCUUCUGAUUCAGCCAAGAAAUGCUCUGACAAAACUACCCCUGCUUCUGAUUCAUGGGCAAUAUGUAGGAUAUUCAAGAAAACAAACACAAUGUCCAUGGCACAAAAAGCCUCAUUAUCUCAUCAUCCUUAUAAUUGGAAUCAUCAUAAUCAAUUAUUUGAUGAUAUACUCACACAUCAACAACACCAACACCCUAUUAUUCCAAACUCCAACAACAACUUCAUCUUCUACAAUUCCAAUUCUACCCUUGAACCCACAAAAGAAAUUGAUGCUACUACUACUAGUAGCUCCAUUGUUAUUUCUUCCAACAUAGGCCUUCAUGAAGAUCCAAAUCAUCAUCAUUACAAUAAUAAUAGUAGUGGGUUCUCAUCUUCUUCAAUUAUGAUGAUGCAACCAAACAUCAUGGCAACCUCAGAUGAUGAUGAUUCAGGUGUAAUUACAACAAUUGCUGGCUUCCCAUUCAAUUUGCCUCCAAAUGAUGAUGAUGCUGCUUGGAAUAAUAAUAUUAAGCCUAAUACUACUCUGCCAUGGGACUACUUAUCAGACAUGUCCACUACCUAUUCCACUAAUAAAUCUUACACUUAAAAAAAAAU